AUGAAUCCUUUCCUUGAUCCUCACGGCCUCAUCAGGGCGUGUGGACGGGUGACGGCCUCCGAAGUCCUCCAAUAUGAUGAACGGCAUCCGAUCUUUCUUCCAUACAACUGUCAGUUGGCGCGACUCCUCGUAUCCUUUACGCAUCGCAAAUCCUUGCACGGCGGUAAUCAGCUAAUGGUACGCCUGAUCCGCUCAAAAUUCUGGAUGUUAAGGGUCAAGUACUUAGUCAAGUCAGUAAUUUUCUCCUGCAAAAUAUGUGUGAUCCACAAAAAGAAGUUGCAGACUCAACUCAUGGGCGAAUUACCGAAAGAAAGAACGUCCUUUUCGCGGCCCUUUACGUACACAGGCAUGGAUUAUGCCGGACCGUUUGACAUAAAGAACUACACCGGGAGAGCCUGCCUGAUUACCAAGGGCAAUGUGUUGGUGUUUGUAUGUUUCUCCACGAAGGCCAUUCAUUUAGAGCCUACUUCUGACCUCACAACAGAGAAAUUUCUCGCAGCAUUCGCACGAUUCGUCUCGCGAAGAGGGUGCCCUCGACAAGUUCAGUCGGACAAUGGGAAGACCUUUGUUGGUGCAGCCGCAGUGCUGUCACGUGAAUUUCUGCAAGCUGUCAAGGAGUCCGUGACGAAUGCUUAUUGUCACCAGGAACUCCUUUGGCAAUUCAUACCCCCAGGAGCCCCGCACAUGGGAGGAUUGUGGGAAGCUGGAGUUGAAAGCUUCAAGACGUUGUUUUAUAAAUCCACAGCCACUCGAAAGAAUACGUUCGAAGAACUUUCCACAUUGCUGGCCAAGAUUGAGGCCUGUCUAAAUACGCGUCCCGAUGCUUGA